GCUCCCCUCUCUCAUUGUCCGCGGCUUUAAUUUGAAAUUGAAGUUUCUCUCUCUAUUUCGUCGUCAUUUUCUAUGGUUACAAAUUCAUGCUGCUGCAGUAUCAAGCCCGUGCUAGACCAACACAAUAAUCUUCUUCUACCCUCAAUCAACUCCCUCUCCCUCUCCCUCUCCCUCUCCCGAUAUCUUCUUCUUUGGUUGACUUUGCCGGAUUUUAAAUUAAUCCGAAUUAAUUACAACCUUGCUAGGGUUUUUCUCUUCCUUUUCUUCAAUCGCUUUUUGAUUCGCCAUUGUUUUUUCCAGGGCUCACCAUACAUGCUUCCAAUGUCAAGUGGAAAUUCCUACUAUGAUGACUUGCGAAUGAAACCUGAGGUCAUUGAUCCAUCAGAAAAUGAAGACACAUUGGACAUUGGUGAACAUGUCAAUGACACCUCAGAAAGUGCCUCAAAACCUAAUGUGGCUGUCUCGACAAAUGUCCGUGAGCUUCUGGAAUGCCCAGUUUGCUUGAAUGCUAUGUACCCUCCAAUCAGUCAGUGUUCCAAUGGCCACACAUUGUGUUCUGGUUGCAAACCCAGGGUGCACAAUCGAUGUCCAACCUGCAGGCAUGAGCUUGGUAAUAUCCGUUGUCUGGCAUUAGAGAAGGUUGCUGCAUCCCUUGAGCUUCCAUGUAAAUAUCAAAAUUUUGGGUGCAUAGGAAUCUAUCCUUACUACAGCAAGCUUAAACACGAAUCUCAAUGCGCUUAUAGACCUUACAAUUGUCCUUAUGCCGGAUCAGAGUGCUUGGUCAUUGGUGAUAUUCCAUUUCUUGUGAGCCAUUUGAAAGAUGAUCACAAAGUAGACAUGCAUAGCGGUAGUACUUUUAACCAUCGCUAUGUCAAAUCAAAUCCACAUGAAGUUGAGAAUGCAACAUGGAUGCUUACGGUUUUUAGUUGCUUUGGGCAGUAUUUCUGUCUGCAUUUCGAAGCAUUUCAGCUUGGAAUGGCACCGGUUUAUAUAGCAUUUUUGCGAUUCAUGGGCGAUGACAAUGAGGCAAAAAACUAUAGCUAUAGCCUAGAGGUUGGAGGUAACGGAAGGAAGGUGAUAUGGCAAGGAGUGCCAAGGAGCAUCCGAGACAGCCACCGAAAGGUUCGUGACAGUUUUGAUGGGCUCAUCAUACAACGUAACAUGGCACUGUUUUUCUCUGGUGGAGACAGGAAAGAGCUGAAGCUGCGGGUUACUGGUAGGAUCUGGAAGGAGCAGUAACGCGAUCCUUGCCCAGCCCUUGUCGUAGUCGUAGAAUUAGGUAGCUUCGUGUAGUAUGAUGGAAUCUUCAGGUCAUGUGUUUUGGGUGGAAAACUCUUCUUGAAUCAAAUUACAUGGUGAAGAAUCCUCGUUAGUUAUCUAGUACUAUCAUGUGUUAGGAUCUUGAAUAGUGAUGGUAUGAAUCUGCUGCUUGCUGAUGUUCAUGUUGUAUCUUUGUGCUUGGUAAAAUCAUUGCUGCAGGGAAACAUGGGCUUUCAAGUAUCUUACAUAGUUUUGUGCAAGUAACUAGAGUUAAAUGCAUGAAAAUGCAUAAAUAUUAAAAAUACAUAAACGUUGGAGUGA